AUGCCACCCUUCCCUGGAGCCGGUGCCGGGCUCACCCUCCCGAACCCAUCCCGGGGGUCCAGGCUCCCUUUCCACCCCCUCGGCCUCUGCGACAGGAGGUGCAGCCGGCGGCCCCAUCCCCACCGCCCCGGCGGUUCCAUCCAGCAUUCCCUCUGGGAUGUGAAGGUCGGCUUCGGGGCAGGGUCAGCGAGCGCGGGGGGCAGCGGGCGGUCAGGUGACCGUCCCCCAGGUCACCUCCCAGGAACGGGCACGGACCUCCACGUUGUGUUUACACGGAGUGAGGUCCAAAAAGCCUUCCCGUGCCGCAGGGCCUUAUCGCCCGCUCCUCUGCUCCCCCCGGACCUAUAUAAGGGGAGCCGCGGGCCGGCUCCCGGCGGGAGGGACACGGGAGGCACCAAGAGCCAGGUGAGGGACGGGGACACCUUGUGCCUGGUUUGGCUUUGUGCAGCCGGAGGAGCUGGGUCCCAGCAGAGCCCGGCCCAGCAGACCAUGCUGCUGAAGGCUGUGCUGCUCCUCUCCCUCCUGGCUGCCUUCCCAGUGUCACCGGCCCAGGCGGGGCAGGGCAGCUUCUGGGAAUACCUGAGCCAGCUGACGGGGGACAAGGACAGCCUGGAGCAUGGCCAUGGCAAGCUGGGCAAGGACAUCACGAACCUGAAGGAGAGCAUUCAGGAUGGAGUCGGCUACGUGGGAGACUUCCUGGGGAAGCUGUCACCCCUCCCCAGGGGCCCCCAGCCCCAGCUGUCCCAGGACUCGGACAGCCUGCGGAAGGUCAUCCGGAGGGAGCUGGAGAGCCUGCGGGUGAAGCUGUCCCCGUACGUGGACGAGGUGCACCACCAGGUCGGGAAGCACCUGGACGACCUGCGGCACCAGCUGCAGCCCUUCACGGAGGAGCUGCUGGACGAGGUGUCCCUGCGGGCGCGGGAGCUCCGGCGGCAGCUGCUGCCGAGCCGGGAGGUGACGGCGCAGCUCCUGGAAGGUGCUGGUGAGCUCCAGCGCUUCAUGGCCCACUACGCCGACAAGAUCGCCUUCCACACGGACCAGGUGAAGGACAUCUUCCACCCGUACGCCGACAGGCUGGUCACCGAGAUCCACCGCAACGUGCAGGAGCUGCACCGCUCCGUGGCCCCGCACGCCCGCGCCACCCCGGAGCAGCUCAACCAGCACAUCCAGGAGCUGUCGGCCAAGCUGACCCGCAACGCGCGGGACCUGCACCAGCAGAUCCAGAGGAACCUGGAGCAGCUGAAGGCGAAGCUGAGCCUGUGCCCCGAGAGCCUCGGGGAGCCCCCGGCCCCCCCCGGCCAAUACCGGGAGGCGCUGGCUCGGGAGGUGCAGCGGCGGGUGGAGGAGUUCCGGCGGGACACCUACGUCCAGAUCCAGGCCUUCACGCGGGCGCUGGACCAGGAGACGGAGGAGAUGCGGCUGAAGCUCAGCGCCCGCCCCGACCCGCCGGAGGAGCCGCGGGACGCGCCGCCGCCGCCCGUGGAGGACCUGCGGGCGCAGCUGGACGCGCUGUGGAGGGACCUGGCGCUCAGCCUGGGCGGGGAGGCGGGCGGGGAGCGAUGAUGGGCGGGGGUCACGGGCCUUGGUCCGGGGAUGAACCGCAAUAAA